AGUGCGGGGUACGGUCGUUUGGUUGGACGUGUUUGGUCCGCGUCCGCGAGUCGUUCGGGAGGUUGCACGUACGGCGCGGUGCGUGCGAGCGUGCGUAUCGCAUCGUGCUUGGACGGAACGGGACGGAACGACGUGAAAACCGCCUGCGCGAGAAGACGACGCGGCGUACUCGGCAUACGGCCGUGUCGAACCGACCUGGCCCCGUGCCUCCGUGCGUUCGCGUUCGGUUAGGAGUGCGUUAAUGCGCGAUCUUCCUUCUCUCCCCUCCCCCGCCCGACGUGUGAAAUGUCAAGCGUCCCGCGUUACCAUGGGCUGAAUUUCCUCGCGCCGUAGACUGUCAGAUCGCGCGCGCGUAGAGGCGAGGGGACCGCGUGCUCGGGGGAGCGCGACAGACGGCGGGCUCCGGAGUGAAAGUGGAAGAAAGAUCGCCUGCGAGCUGUUCUCUCUCUCUCUCUCUUCUCUCUCUCUCUCUCUCUCUCUCUCUCUCUCUCUCUCUUUCUCCCUCGACUUUCCCAUCCCUGCGCUCGUUUCUCUGCGUGAAUUGAAGGGAACAAAGAGUUCUCGCCCGCGACCACGAGGAGACACGUCGUCGUGGGACCCGCGCCGAUGUUCGAUCGCCAGCGAUGGAGCCCGAGGAGCCUCUCAUGCAGGGGAUACUGCUGCUACCGCCGCAGGGAAUGCUGGGCCAGCUCAAGAAAACAUGGCAUAAAAGAUUCUGCCAGCUCUUUAGGACGAGUAAUUAUGGGAUCAAACGCGUCGAGAUCUAUGACAGUCAGGAAGAGGCGAUACUGCAGUCUCACUCGCCACGCAUCAUCACACUGGAUGCCUGUAUAAAAAUUGCACCCAGUAAUCAGUCACAUGUGUUUACUGUGGUGACUAAAUCAGGAAUACACUAUUUCGGCUGUUACUCAGAAAUUGAGAUGACUCACUGGAUCACGGCGUUUCAGUUAGUCGCGUUCAAAGAUAGUGUAUCGAACCAAAUAGAAGAAAACAACGAUUUAUAUUGCACCAGUGGGGAGGGUGUAUUCUCCGUGAAAGUCGUAGAAACUGAUGCGUCCAAACGAUGUGGAUUAGAAACGAGAAACUACACAUUAGUAGUUGCUGCCGUGGACAUGAAAUUGAUGGAUGGUGAUAUUGUUUUGUUCACAUGGCCAUACAGGUAUAUCAGGAGAUAUGGAUAUAGAGAUGGGAAGUUCAUCUUUGAGGCUGGAAGGAAAUGCGAAUCUGGCGAGGGCUCCUUUCGCCUGGAGCAUGGUAGUCAACAAGAGAUCUUCCGGUGCAUGUAUGCCAAAAUGAAGUCUAUGAAAAAGUUAUUGGAUGAAGAAAAUAAUCCAAACAUAGAAUGCAACGACACUCAAUUCCAAGCGGCCUUGUCUAUGGAAGCUGGUUCCAGAGCGGCCUUACCUCCAUCUCCAAAUAAUUCUAGCAAUCUGAUCGAUAUAGAUUUUUCUACCACGCAAAAUUCGCAAAAAGCUCUGAGUUCGUCGACUAGCAUGGACUCUACGGUCUCAUCGUGCAGGUCGAUAAAUAAAUCCAAGCCCGCGAAACCACCACGAAAAUAUAUCUUCACCAAUCUACUAGAGAAGAAAAAUGUCGAUUCGGAUUUCCUAGACUUGCCUACCUGUGGGGAGUACAGAACAUUAAGCCAGGGUAACUCGCCAGAAUUAUCUCACAAGACCAUCGCCAGUGUUAUGCGCGAGGAAGAAGAGAGACACUCGUACGAUCUGGUGGAAAUUAGGAAUGAUGCUUGGAAAACUCAUGGUAUCGAUAGCGUACAUCAUACGGAGAGAGUGAACUCGAAUCUACCUGACAGAGAUAAGGAAAACGACAACGAUGAUUUACAAUACGAGAUCAUGAUGCCGGUAGGACGGAGUCACGAUGCAUUCCAGAACACGUGCAAGAAUAAAUGCGAUAUCGCAAUUACCGCGCCGUCGGCGAUACAGAGCGUCGCCAAGGCAGACGAGUCGGAUUACGAUAAAUUGGAACACUUUGGAUCCGCGACGAAACUUAAUCAGAAGUCUACGUAUAAGUAUACGAAUUCCUCGCAAAGCGUACAUUCCAACAUCUCUCACGGGGAAAGUUCUAAUCUUAUUAAUCCAGCAUGGUCCAACUACGAAAUCGUUGAGGACAUGUCUGCUAUUAGAUUAGCCGAUGAUAGUCAUCUCGGUUAUGGGAUCAUCCGAAAAAAGGCAGAUCUUCCUGAAACAGUUAGUAGUACAACAGGUAGUCCACAGCAUAAGGUUUUUAAUAACAGCGAGUAUGCGAUUGUAUCAAAGCCAAAAAGGGUGUGAAAUACCUGAGUGUAUUCGAAUGUCCUUUUAAAGUACGAUGACCAUGCCACAAAUUCGUCUUUACGAAAUUCUUAUUUUUCUUGUAAUUAUAAGAAUACGAAAAAUAUGCUAGUCUGUACCGUGUGGUUAGAAUAAAGAUAUUUUUCUUUCGUUUUUUUAUAAAAUUACUGGCACACGUUAUAAAACGCGAUAAAAAUGUCGUUAUUUUCGAAUUAUAUCCAGAAUUAUAUAUCCAUUCGAAUUAUAUAUUUAUUUUUAUUCGCUUUUUACAUUGUCUUUAAGAGACUAGUCUUCUUGAUUGCUGUCAUAGAUAUGAUAUCUAAAGGAGCGUAAACAUUGAAAGAAUUCCAUAGACUUUUUGUGCUUUCUUACGAAAAAUAUUCUAUAUUGUUAGUCUUGAUUAGAGAAGUUUAAAGUGAUUAGUAUUUUUAUCGAACUUUAUUCGACUGAUUUAUCGACAUGUAUGUAUAGUGCCUUAUAGAAAAUAUAUUAAUUGAUGCCAAAAUGAUACUAAAUCGUGAACGUGCAUGCGCAUUAAAGUAUCUUGAUAUUUGAGUAUUGGUGUACUUAGAAAUUUAUUAUUAUAUAUAAUUACAGUCAUAAUUAGAAUCAUAAUUUUUUAUUAAUAUUAUUAGUUCUAUUUUCUCAAUAUUGUUAUAUUCUUUUAUUCAUUUCUAUCAAUAUACAUCAGUUUUAAUCUCAGUUUAAUGUAAUCUUCAUCUUUUUCUCAUUUUUGUAACUAGAAGAAAUAAAGAAUAAGUUAAACUGAGAUUAAAAUUAAUCUACAUUAUUGAUAUAUAAAUGAACAUUUCUAUUCUAUAACUAUUAUUAUGAUAUAUGAAAAUAGUUCGCGAUUAUAUUAUUUUUAAACAAUACGAAAACGCGUGCGUUUGUCUAUGCAGACAUUAUAAACUUGAUUUGUUCAAAUGGUACGAAACUAUCAAUAUGCUAUAAAUAUGUAAUACAAUUUAAUAUACAAAUGCAUUCGUAAAAAGAUAACUAGAUGAGAUAAUGUAUCAUCACAAUUGGAUAGGUAUUUAACAUUAUAUGCUGCCGCAAUUUUAUGUACGUGCACAAUGGAUAUUAGUGCUUUCGUCGAUAAUCAAGUCAACCAUUUGCCUUCACAUAAAUAUUAAUUCCAUGAAAA